CUCAUUCCUCAUACCUAUCUCUUUCACUCUCCUCACUCAAUAUUCUUUCCCCUCUCUCUCUCCUCUUCGUUGCUGUAUUACAAACCCUAGAGAGCGGCGAAAGUAGCAAGCAGCAGCAACAACAAUGGCGAACUACGACCUAACCCCGAGAAUCGCGCCCCAACUCGACCGUCAUCUCGUCUUUCCUCUCCUCGAAUUUCUCCAAGAACGUCAGUUUUAUCCAGAAGAACAACUUCUCAAGGCUAAGAUCGAGCUUCUUAGCAAAACUAACAUGGUCGACUACGCUAUGGACAUCCAUAAGACUCUCUACCACACCGAUGAUGUUCCUCAAGAUAUGGUGGGUAGGAGAGUUGAAGUUGUUGCGAGUUUGAAGGCGUUGGAGGAAGGUGCGGCUCCUUUGGUUAUUUUUCUUCAGAAUGAAGAUAAAGUUCAGGAAUUGCGAGCUGAUAAACAGUAUAAUCUGCAGAUGCUGCAAGAACGUUACCAGAUCGGUCCAGAGCAGAUUGAGGCAUUGUAUCAGUAUGCAAAAUUCCAGUUUGAAUGUGGGAAUUAUUCUGGUGCGGCUGACUUUCUGUAUCAGUACAGAGCUCUGUGCACCAAUAGUGAAAGAAGUCUCAGUGCAUUGUGGGGAAAGCUUGCAGCAGAAAUUUUGAUGCAAAACUGGGAUAUUGCUCUCGAGGAACUUAACCGUUUGAAAGAGAUAAUUGAUUCAAAGGCUUUCACAUCACCUCUGAAUCAGGUACAGAAUAGAAUAUGGCUGAUGCACUGGAGCUUAUUUAUCUUUUUCAACCAUGACAAUGGCAGGACACAGAUAAUUGACCUGUUUAAUCAGGACAAGUAUCUUAAUGCUAUUCAAACAAACGCUCCUCAUCUUUUGCGUUAUCUUGCAACUGCUUUCAUUGUCAACAAAAGGAGAAGGCCUCAGUUUAAAGAUUUUGUUAAGGUCAUCCAACAGGAACAGAACUCUUACAAAGAUCCUAUCACAGAGUUUUUGGCAUGUGUUUAUGUUAAUUAUGACUUUGAAGGGGCACAAAAGAAGUUGAGGGAAUGCGAAGAGGUCAUACUAAAUGAUCCAUUCCUUGGAAAACGAGUUGAGGAAGGCAGCUAUACUACUGUUCCCUUAAGGGACGAAUUCCUUGAAAAUGCCCGGCUCUUCAUUUGUGAAACAUAUUGCAAAAUACAUCAGCGCAUAGACUUGGGGGUGCUUGCUGAGAAAUUGAAUUUGAGUUAUGAGGAAGCAGAGAGGUGGAUUAUGACCCUCAUACGCACUUCUAAGCUCGAUGCGAAGAUUGACUCUAAGUUGGGCACCAUAGUGAUGGAAUCUAAUUACCCUAAUGUGUAUGAGCAGCUCAUAGAUCACACUAAAGGAUUGUCGGGGCGUACAUACAAAUUAGUUGGCCAACUUCUUGAGCAAGGACAGCCACAAGUAGCGAGGUAGAUUAUCAAUAGGGGAGCUGCUGUGGGGGUUUGUACUUGAUUUUUGUGAUCACUGAUUGUUUCAGGUCAAAAAAGUUCGUGUAGAUCUCAUAAAUUUGUUGCAUUAGUUUUCUACCUUAGCAAUACCUUCUUGAACUUGGAGAAUUGGAUAUUGCCGGGAAUAGCUCUCUGAUUUUGUUAAUGAGUCUCCUUUGGUUAAUUUAUGAUGCUUACUGCAGUUUUGAGUUACAA